AUAGAGCAGUGUCGUGCCCGCGCUUCCGCGCGAGUCUGCUCGUUCGGUGACAGACAGCGGUGCAAAACAUCACAAGCCGCCGCCGCCUGCACUGGAUUUCUUGCUCAGAUACCUGCCCGAAUUUUACACACAAUAAUAACGAAGCAUUAACUUCGGGACUCUAUUCUGAUCUCCUUUUUUUUCCCCCCCAUCUCAUCUGUCGCUCUAGGAUUGUUUGAAAAUGAAUCCGCUGUGUAGUAGAUGUAACCGAGUCGUGUAUCCUACGGAAAAAGUGAAUUGUCUUGACAAGUACUGGCAUAAAGGAUGUUUCAGCUGUGAGGUAUGCAAGAUGACUCUAAACAUGAAGAACUACAAAGGCUUUGAUAAGAAACCAUACUGCAAUGCACACUACCCAAAAACGUCAUUCACGAGUGUUGCUGACACUCCCGAAAACCUACGCCUGAAACAGCAAAGCAAGAUGCAAAGCCAGGUGCUCUACAAGGAGGAGUUUGAGAAGAACAAAGGGAAAGGCUUCAGUGUUGUAGCUGACACACCAGAGAUGCAGAGAAUUAAGAAAACCCAAGAUCAGAUCAGCAACGUAGGUCACAGGCAACACACGAGCUCUUCCAGUAUUAAAUAUCAUGAGGAUUUUGAAAAGAGUAAAAUGGGAGGAGAAGUUCACCAUCCACCUCCGCAACAAAGCACAACUCCAGUAUAUCAACCCCCAGCUGCAUCGCAGAACUACCACUAUGAGCCAGAACCAGUGCGCCAAGCUGCUGCAGCUCCUCCGCCUAGCUCUGGGAAACGUUACCGGGCAGUGUAUGACUACACCGCAGCUGAUGAAGAUGAAGUGUCAUUCCUUGACGGUGAUGUGAUUGUGGACGUGCAGCCAAUUGAUGAAGGAUGGAUGUAUGGAAGAGUGGAGCGCACUGGUCAGCAGGGCAUGCUGCCUGCUAACUAUGUGGAGGCCAUAUGAGAAAGUAAACAAGAAAGUGAUAGAGGGAGAUGAAGAAAGAUGGAAUGAGAGAGAUAGAGAGAAAUGGAUAACAGGAGGCCCAGUGCCAUUCCAUAUUUUAAGAGCUAUUUUCUUUCCUUUCUUUGUGCUUUCUUAUUACUUCGCCUAUGCCGAUAACUCAUGCAAAACACAUGCAUACAAAAAUGCACUCACACAUUUAUAUAGUGUAGACAUACAUACACAUUGUGUAUACCCAUGUCUUGCUCUACCUGCUCUGUUUCUCUCUGCUCCCUCUUAGAUCUCGCUGUUUGACCGUCUACCUUGUCUUGUUUUUCAGUCUUGGAGAGGUGCUGUCACAAGUGGCACUUAACAGUUAAAUGACACAUUCACAGCCAAACAGACCUCUGAAUUUUUUUUCAAGGCUGCUUUAUAGCACUUCGUGAACAGACAGCCCUAGCCAUGUCAAUCAUUCCACACUUGCCAUGACAAUGAGAUCCUGUUUUCUUUUCUGACCUUUUUGCAGCCUGUCGCUAGUUGUACCUAUCAUUCUAGCCCAUGUGGCAUCUCAAUGGUUGUGCAGUAGUAAUGAUGCUUGAACAUGAAGACUUCUGAUCAUUCCAUUUGUUCCACUGAGUCUUAAAGCGUAUCCAUCAGACCUCAUGGGUAUUGUAGUGAAACUGGAAUACAUGUGUGUGUAUAUAAAAAGAUCCUCUUACUGUGGCAUCGGUUUGUGUAUGGGUGUAGUGUGACUGGUGACCCUGCUCACGAGGCAGUGUUUCAAUCAUCUCCUUCACAUGUAACACUUCAUCUCUGUGCUUUCAUAUAAAACAUAUAUGUUCUAGUCUCUCUUUUUUUUUUUGUUGCACACUUACUGCGUAAAGGUAAAGUGGUAUUCUCUGCUCUUCAUAAAAGCAAAAAGUAGAUCCAUAGCACUCACCACUUACCUGAGAGCAGAACUGGAUAACCAGUGAAAGGGAAGGAGGAAGCACAAUUCUGUGGACCAUUUUAGUGUUUUUUUUUUUUUUUUUUUUGUCUUGACACCGAUUAAGCCUAGUCCUGGACUAAAUAUCACUGUUAACCUCCUUGUGAAAAAAUGCUUCAGAGUUGUAGACUAAGCUAAAUCUGUGCCUAAGAACUAUCCCUAUAUAUGUUUUAACUCUCUUUCUUUUAGUUUUGUUCAGGAACAUUCCGUGUGCAUUGUAUGAUAAUGUAUCUCAGCAUGUAUCUCUGCACUAUUCUUUAUGAAGUUAUUGUUUUGUUUUGUUUUGUUUUUCCUCUCAUCCUUUGCAUAUUCUCAUUACUUUGUUCAUAUUGUAUGAGCCGGAUUUGUAAUGUCAGUUAAUCAAUAUCAGUGGAAUAAAACAGAUUUAUUUGUAUAUCAAGACAGGCCAGUUUGUCAAUAGAGACAAUACUCUGAGCUUUUGAACCUAACAUAUCAUACUGCACCCUAUGUAGGAACAAGAACAGUCCUUAUUUUGCUGCUUAUAGUGUGCAAAUUACACAGAAUGUCACAUAAGAGAUCCAACAUAUAUGUUUAAAACUAAAGGUCUAACAUGAACUUUUUUGUUUUGAGCUUCUUUUUUUUUUCUCCACAUGGUCAGUUGUUGAAUGUGAUCUUUGCUUGUAAAGAUAAAGCAGUUUGUCUCAUUACCCUAAAUAAGAACGAUUUAAAGUGUUACCUUUUCUCUAUGUGUUCUGUUGCUUCUCAGAUCUCGUCUUCCCUAAUUAACUAACAUAGAACAGCCAGCCUUUACUUAAAUGACAACCGUUAUCAAUGCUGCGUGCUUUUUCCCCUUGUUUCAGUCUCCGGUUCUAUUCUGACGUUCCGUAGUAUGAUGAGCUUGAGGAUCAGCUUUGCACAGCAAGAUCUGCACUUUGUGGCCAAAUGUAUGUGGACAUUUGGGUACUGAACAUCCCAUUCCAAAAUAAAUUGUUCCCAGUUUCCUGCAAUAAUUGCCUCCACUCUUCUGGAAAGGCUUUACACUAGAUUUUGGAAUUUGGCUUUUAGGAUUUGUGCACAUUCAGCCACAAGAGGUCAGGCACUGAUGCCAGGUGAGAAACUGUCAUAACAGUUCAUCCCAAACCUGUUUAGGUCAGUGUAGAUCAGGGCUCUGCAGGUCACUGGAGAUCACUGGAGGUCACUUCUUCUACUCCAACCCUGGCAAACCAUACACUCAUGUUUGGGCCCUGCCCUUAGUUCAACCGUUAUAUGGAUAUGACCCACAUAUUUGUCAGUUGUCCACAUGCUUUUGGCCAUUUAGUGUAAUUCAGCAUUAAAUUUAUACUAACACUGUUAGUUAAAUCACCUCUCUGAAAAGUCUCCUAAAAUUAUUUUGUUUAUUUGUAAACAUCCAUAUGACCAUAAAGCACCUCGACUAUAUCUGCAUUAUAACUCGUUCUGUGUUUCACGAUAAAAAGCUCAACUGAUCCAUAUAACAGCUUGUCUGGUCCUAGUGUUCCUUUAUUGUACAUGGUUACAGAGUGGAUAUGAUUUGAAACUUGACUGUAAAAUUCUUCCAAUCUGGUCACGAAGCCUUCGGUCAUGCCUUUUCUAAGUGUAAGAAUGCCUUCAGUUACUGUUCUUAUGUGUAGCAUACAUAUAUACCUGAACAGCAAAGUGAUAAAAAAGAGAUUGCUAUAGAAUUGGAGACAAGUACAACUAUGCAACAUCUCAAAUUGACAAUAUACAUUAUAUAGCCAAAAUUUUGUGGGCACCUGGCCAUUACAUCCAUAUGUAUUCCUUCCCCCAACUGAUACCACAAAAUUAGAAACACAAUUGUCUUUGUAUGUUGUUUUAGAGGCCCAAACUAUCAUAAAGGCAUAAUUUGGAAUGGAGGACUUUCCUGCCCAAAACCCUGACCUCAACCCAACUGAACACCUUUGGUAUUAACCGGAAUCUAGAUCAAGCUUCCUCAACCAGCAUCAGUGCCUGAUUUUACUAGUGCUCUUGUGGCUGAAUGAGUACAAAUCCCCACAGCUACUCUCCAAAAUCUAAUGGAAAACCUUCCCGAAAGAGUGGAGGUGAAUGUAACAGCAAAAGGAGGACCAAAUCUAGAAGGAAUGUUCAGCAAACACAUAAGGGUUUUAUGGUCAGGUGUCCACAAACUUUAUGAGAUAGUUUGUUAAUGUAGCUCAGAUUACUGAACACUGAAACACUGAGCUAAUGACAAAAACUUUAAUAUGCUAACAAUUCAUAAAGCUGAGUCUCUAUACAUGCUCUGAAUUAAGAUUGUAUACAUGGAUGACAUUUUUUUUCUGUUCUUAAAGAGCAAGAUGUAAAUGUUUUAGGUUUAAGAUUAUAUAGAUCUGAGCAACUCUUUUCAUGAUUCUUAUACCAACAAACUAUAGAUUCUUAUCACAUACAUCCUAGAGCUUCUUUUUUAUUUUAGUGUCUGUUCGGUUGUAUGUGUAUGUUUUCAGAUGUCAUGCCACACUGAGCUCCCAUGCUCAAACAUUAAACCCCAGGUUUAACUGCUUUUCUUUUAAUGCAUAUACAGUAGGUGAUAUAGGUGAGGUGUGGAGAUGCCUUGUGUGUUAAUCACUAAAAGAAUCGUUCAAGAUCUUGUGUCUGGUCACUGUGAUUGUAUAUGAAACCCUUACUGAUACAGAUCUGUUUAUUUAAAACAGAGAUUGUGUGCAUUCUGGAGUUCAAUUCAUUUUCAUUUACUGCAGUGAGGUUGUCUACCAUUAAAUCAUCAGUUUGCAGAAUCAUUAAUAGAGGUUCUUAUAAUGCAUCACAAAUGCAAUCUGUCUUUUCACCAGUAUAUCUGAAAAAAAAAACAUUAUCUUUUAUUAAUAUUUUUAUUCAUUAAUAGUUGUAAACUGAAUUUCUUUUCCAGUUGGAUUAUUUUAAUAUAGCCACAUUUAAAAAGGUAAGGGUCUGGGAUUUGUAGCCAGGGAAAGCCAGACAUUUUACACCGUAAUGAAGAGUUUAGACCCAGGUAUUUUAUUGGGGUAGACGUUUGGGGGACAUCUUCACAUGUCCUGUGUCGGAUCUCCAUCAGACAUAAAAGUCAUACGCAAUUGCAGUAUGUGUUUAUAUAGCAAACUAUAGCUAACAUAACUAUAUGUUAUAGGCUAUAUCUAUGAACUAUAUUUAUACACUGAUCAGGCAUAACAUUAUGAGCAGUAAGAGGUGAAGUGAAUAACACUGUUUAUCUCCUCAUCAUGGCACCUGUUAGUGGGUGGGAUAUAUUAGGCAGCAAGUGAACAUUUUGUUCCUAAACGUUGAUGUGUUAGAAGCAGGAAAAAUGGACAAGCGUAAGGAUUUGAGCGAGUUUGACAAGAGCCAAAUUGUGAUGGCUAGACGACUGGAUCAGAGCAUCUCCAAAACUGCAGCUCUUGUGGGGUGUUCCCAGUCUGCAGUGGUCAGUAUCUAUCAAAAUUGGUCCAAGGAAGGAACAGUGGUGAACUGGUGAUGGACAAGAAGAGCAAAGGCUGGCCCGUGUGAUCCGAUCCAACAGACAAGCUACUGUUGCUCAAACUGUUGAAGAAGUUAAUGCUGGUUCUGAUAGAAAGGUGUCAUUAGGCAGGUGGUCAUAAUGUUAUGCCUGGCCAGUGUAUAUAGCUUUAUCUAGGGUAUAUUUUAUGAACUACACCAGUGUUACAAAUGUAAUAUUGCAAUAAUCAUAAUCUUUAUAUAAUUAUAAUUUUUACUGUGCUGGCCAGAGGUGUGGCCAUCAGGGUGGCACACCUUACUUAUGCCCAGUUUGUUGUUAUGGAACAAUGUAUAUCUAAAAAAUACUCUUUUUAAUAUUUCAAAAUUACCUUCAUAUACAAAUAUACCUACCCUGUUAUAAAUCAUACAUUUGGAGCAUCAGUAGGAGUAGCUUAUGCAGUUGGACGCCCACGUUACCGUGAAGAGGGAAGACAGACGGGGGGGGGGGGGUGAUGCUCUGUACCGGGCUACACCGGAAGUCGCUUCUCCACUCACAUCUCCAAGAUUUGUCCACAAACAGCUCGCCAAGACUGUGUUCGUGUUCUCCGACGCAGACACCAUGGUGGACAUCUUGGUGCUGAUGUUCUUCGCGAUCAUCGGGCUCGCUUUUCUCUCCUACAUCAUCUACAUGCUGUGAUGCGCGCGCAGUAGCAUUCAUGGGGCACUGUGAUGGAUGAUGUGCACGGACUGCGCCUCCCAGGGAAUCUCCCAGGCAAAGAUUUCAGGAGGAAACCUGGAGGAGGAAUGAUGGUAUUCGGCCACUGGAGAGAUGGUCUGGUCAUAUCAAAUGGAGCCGGAGCAAGAGGAACAUCUUUAUGAAAAUUGUCGUCUCAAAUAUUCACACACUUUUCUCCCCAUUUUUCCAUAAUGAUGGUUUCUUGAUCAUCCUAACCACCAUCACAGUGCCAUGAGAUCCUGCUGUACUUGUUUUUAAAGUGUAUGACAAUAAUAUCUGCAGCUUUUUCUUUGUAACUUUGAACUGUCUGUAAUGGAGUAUAUUAAUUAGUUGAGAAAAAUCUGUUCAAGUGCUUGUGAGUUAGACAAAGGAUAAAGAAAUGGAGAGAUUGAGACCAUACAGUAGAAUCUUUCAAGGCUACAUUUUAUUCACUUCCUUUGAUGACUUCACCAGACAUGUAAUAUGCACACUUUUUAACCUUUAUUCUUCCACAGGAUAAUAACUGCUGGGGCACUAUUUGAAAUAAAGAGGCAAUGAAAAAUA